AUGAAAUUAUUUGAAGGUCAAGAAUAACCAAAGCUAAAAUUAAAAAUAAAUAAGAAGUUUGCUGAAAAGUAUUAAAAGAAAAAGGAAAGAGAAUUAUUAGAUAAGAAAGGAGAGAUUCUAGAUUAAGAAGAAAGUAGUGAAGAUUAGAUUCCAGAAGAUGAAAAUGGAGAUUUAAUAAAUGACAAAGUAACAUAAAAAUUCAUUGAAACUCUUGCCAAAAUAAGAUAUAAACAUCCAGAUAUUUAUUAAAAUAAAGAAAUAUUUUAAGAGGAAGACUUUGAUGAUAUUGAUAUAAAAGAUUAGAAUUAAAAGAAGGUCACAUAUGCUGAUCUUUAAGGUUAAGGAAUCAAUGAAGAAUAAGAGGGAUUAGAAGAGGAAGAGUAUGAACCAAAUAUUGGUAUAACUCCAAAUGAAGAAUAAAUUAGAUUGAAAAAUGCUUUUAUAUAAGCAGCAAAGAAUACUACUAAAUAACAAAAGGAUUUAUUAAAAGUAAAGUAAAAAACAGUUAAAGAAAUUGAAGAUGAAAAUAAAGAAUUUGAAAAACUAUUAAAGAAAUAGAAACCAGAAGAAUAAGAUAUAUUAUAAAGAUAUUGGGGAAAUGAGGAAAAUUUGGAUGAGAAAGAUAAAUUUCUAAGAAAAUAUAUAUUAACAAAAGGAUGGAUUGAUAAAGAUGAUAUGAAUGAUAUUAUUGAUUCUUCUGAAGAUGAAGAGAAAAUGGAUUAAUUUGAAGAAAAAUAUAAUUUUAGAUUUGAAGAAGAAGGAGGAAAUUAAUUGAUUACUUAUGAAAGAGAUUUAAAGGAUACAUUAAGAUAAGAACCAGAAACAGCAAGACAUAGAUAGAGAUUAGCUAAAGCUUAAAGAGAAAUGGAAUAAAAAUAAUAAUUAGAAAAAGAAUUAAAGUAAUUGAAAGCAGCAAAAAAGAAUGAAAUUAUAUCAAAAUUGUAGAAAAUAUAAUAAGUAGGAGGAAUAAAAGAUGCUAAAUUAUUAUUAGAAGAAAUUGAUAAGAAAGAUUUUUAACCUGAAGAAUUUGAUAAAAAAAUGGAGAAGAUAUUUGAUGAAGAAUAUUUUGAAGAUGAAGAAGAAUCUCCAGAAGAAUUGGAAUAAAAUGAAGAUGCAUAAGAAUAAGAUUAAGAAGUAUAAAAAAAUGAAUAAGGUUUAGAUGUAGAUAAUGUUAUAAAGAUUAAACCUACAAUUCCAACCAUUAUGAAAAAAAACUUAAAUUAAGAGUAAUUAAUAAAUUUAUAUUAUUUUUAGAGAAAUGGAUGCCUUAAAAGAAGAAGAUAUAACAAUAUGGUGGUUUUGUGAUUCUUGUAAAUAAACAAUUGAACCAAAUCAUUUUAGAUGGGAUUGUUAGGUUUGUGAAGAUUAUACACUUUGUGAAAAUUGUAUUUAAUAACAUCCAUAACAUAAAUUAAAAAAGGCUUUGAUUCCUAAAAGUUGCAAACCUCCUAAAGAAGAAGAAGCUUAAUAAUUAAUUAAUUAAUUUAAGUAUUGUAGAGCAUGUUAAAUCAAAAUGACUAAAGAAAAUGAUUAUUAUGAAAGUAUAAAGGAUUAUUUAUGUGUUGAUUGUUUUGAAAAAGAUAAAAAUUAAUAAAGAUAUAAAUUUAUAGAAGCAGAAGUUUUAGAUGUCAAUAAAUUACUUGAAGAAAACCCUGAAUAAUUAAAAGAAAAGCUUCCUUCUAAUCUCAAAAAUAUUAUUGAUGAAUACUAUAGUUUGGACUUUGAAGAUGUCAUAGCAGGUGGAAUCAAAACUAAAUUUUAAUAUAUUGAUGUUGAAAAAUAAGAUUUUGGUUUAACAAAUGAUGAUUUACUUUAUGCAGAUGAUAAAUUAUUGAAUUAAUAUGUUUCAAUAAAGAAAUUAGCCCCUUAUAGAGAUGGUUCAAUUAAAAUUAAGAAAAAUAAAGCUGAAAGAUUAUUGGCUUAAAUAAGAAAGAGUACUAAAAGGAAUAAAAAAUUAAUUCUUAAAGGAAUUGAUCCAAAAGAAUUUUAAAAAAAGAAAUAAGAAGAAGAAUAAUAAGAAUAAAAAUAAAAAGUCUAAUUAGAAGUGGAAGAUGUAGUAGAAAAUACAACCCUCUAGGUUAAUUCUAAGAGACUUAAAACAUAUGGAGUCUGA